GUGACAUCGAUGACGAGAUUCAGAGUCUGAUACUCAAAGUGGAGAUGCCGAGAGUAGAAAAUGCAGCAGAAGUAGACGUGAACAUCACGAACGAUUGCGUUCAACUUGAUGUAGAGCACAAGUAUGAAUUCUUGUGUGAACUCCCGUACAAGAUUGAUGACAAUGCUGCGGAUGCCGUGUUUGACAAGAAGAAGAAGGUCAUGACUUUGACACUCCCACUGUCGAGUUGGACAGAGAAAGCUUACGAGAAGGCCCGAGUGAGGUUUGCAGUCGAGGACAAGAAGCCCUCUCAAAAAGAAGAGCGAAUCCAGAGCGAAGAAACGAUUUCAAAGAUCCCCGACAGCCAAACUAUGAAAAAAAAGGAACAGCAGGGGCCACGUGUAGAUCACGACGAGGAUAGAGAAAACUCUCACGACAACUCCGUGAAGGAACAGACUCGCGUUGAAAAUACGAACAAAUCAGUUCCGUCGAAGGAGUUUGCAAGCACUCUGAAGAAAAAGUUGGAAGAACAAUCGAAGCGUACCAUUGCACAGGCCGAGCCAAGACCAAUCCGAGGCAGUCGCGAAGAGGUCGAGCUGAAGAAGAAAGCUGAAGAAGGAAACAAGAGCGAAGUGUCAGACAGGAGGCCCUUUGAAUGCCCUCGGUGUUUCUGGCGUGCUGCUGCUACAGCCAUUCGAAGAUGCAGGCGAUGCCAGUGGUGCGAGCCAGGCUCCAAGGAGGAACAGGAAGCGAUAGAGCAGGCGAAGGAGCACGAGAAAUUUCGGGCCAGCAGAAAGAGGGAUGAGGUGGGGGUCAUAGACGAGACGGGGGGCGUGGAGGACGAGAGCAGCGUGCGAGCUUAUCGCUUCAAAUGCCGGAUGACAUGGGAACUUGACGAUGACUCGCCCGGCUGGCUAGAAGCCAUCCGAGAGAAGCACUACGGCGACUCGUCAACCGCCAAGUCGUCUCACCAGCCCUCGAACGCGGUCCAGUCAGCUGAGGGACAAUGAGAGGAGAAAUAAUAUAAGCGACAGCCCUGCGGUUGUACGAGCACACAA